UGAGGGUGCUUCCCGACACUGCUGCCAGCUCCGAUCCCCGUUCCUCUCCCGCGGUCUGCGGGGAUGCUUUCGUGGGUUCUCGCCGCCCCGCCGGCAGGCGGCGCCCUCCGGCAGAUCUCCCGCCGGGGUCCUGACGGGGAGUGCGCGCUCUUACACUCGCAGAGCCCCUGCCCGCACUUCCUGGUCGGAGGGGGCAGAGCCGCAGCCAGGGUCGCCUAUGCCAGCCCGACUCCCGCCCCUCCCUCGGCGGUCACCUGGGGCGGAGCGCUGCAGGUGCCGGGGCGGUGGACUCCUCUGGUGUCUAGUCCGGCACCCCGCGCCAGGGACGCGGAAGCCUCGGAGCUUAUUCCUGUGGCCUUUUUGUGUGCCGGGAACCAAAAGUAAGGUAAUUCAAGGCACGAGACUCAAGUAAAAUAGGAAGAUCGUCAGCGGAAAGACCUGCUGGAGGAAACAGAGGCCCACUAGGACUUCUGAGCUGGUCGGAUCGCAAAGCGAACCCAAAGAUGCCCCGGAAAGGACUUCCACGAUAGCUUUGGAUGGGAAAUGAAGUGAAGCAGUGUUAUAUGUAUUUCAGUGGGCCCUGUGAGAUUUGACUAAAUAUGACUGCUCUUUCUUCAGAGAACUGCUCUUCUCAGUACCAGCUACAUCCGACAAAUCAGCUCCUAGACAAUAACUGUCUGCUAGUCUUGAUUAUACUUGGAAAAAUAUUAUUAAAUGUCCUCACACUGGGAAUGAGAAGAAAAAACACCUACCAAAAUUUUAUGGAGUAUUUUUGCAUUUCACUAGCAUUCAUUGAUCUUUUACUUUUGGUAAAUAUUUCCAUUAUAUUCUAUUUCAAGGAUUUUGUGCUUUUAGGCAUUAGGGUUACUAAGUACCACAUCUGCUUAUUUACUCAAAUUGUUUCUUUUACUUACGGCUUUCUGCAUUAUCCAGUUUUCCUGAUAGCGUGUAUAGAUUAUUAUCUCAAUUUUUCUAAAACCAACCUUCCAUUUAAGUGUCAGAAAUUAUUUUAUUUCUUUACAGUAGUUUUAAUUUGGAUUUCAGCAUUUGCUUAUGUUUUGGGAGAUGCAGCUAUCUACCAAAAGCUGAAGACACAGAAUGUUUAUUCUUAUCACUGUCCUUUCUACAUCAGCAUUCAGAGUUACUGGCUGUCAUUUUCCAUGGUGAUGAUUUUACUGAUGGCUUUCAUAGCCUCUUGGUCAGAAGUUAUUACCUUGGUACAGGCUAUUAGGAUAACUUCCUACAUGAAUGAGACUGUCCUCUAUUUUCCCUUUUCAUCCCACUCUAGUUAUACCGUGACCUCUAAAAAAGCACUCUUGCCCAAGUUCAUUGUCUGUUUUCUUGGUACCUGGUUACCAUUUGUACUACUUCAGAUAACUAUCCUUUUAUUUAAAGUAGAGAUUCCAGCAUAUAUUGAGAUGAACAUUCCGUGGUUGUACUUUGUCAACAGUUUUCUUGUUGCUACGGCAUGCUGGUUGAAUUGCCACAAGCUUCAUUUAAGAGACACUGCAUUACCUGUGGAUCCAUUUGUCAAUUGGAAAUGCUGCUUCGUUCCACUUGCAAUUCAUAAUCUUGAGCAAAUGGAAAAGCCUAUAUCAAUAAUAAUUUGUUAGUAUGUUGCCACGUUAAGACUUACAACUACGAUAAGAAUUGUAACUUUAUAAACAGGGAAGGAUGACUCAGGACCUACAGAGAUGGAACUGAACCAAAGCCUCCCUCUACUGCCACCUGCCAACUGUGUCCAUAGUUUUUCAGAAUGUGUAUUUUGGGGCUAUGACAUUGGUUUUGUUGUUGUUGUUGCUUUUUUAACAAAAUAAUUGCAAGAAAAAAAUUUAUGCCUGUUCAGGAAAACUACGUUACAGAUGUUAACACGAAACUGAACUGAGUUUACAUUCGGCCAUACUGAUGUUCUGUUAUCCAAAAAGAUACCGGAUCACAACAGACUCGCUGCCAAUUUUGUUACAAACUUAAAUAAACAUUUUUAUUAAAUUCAAAGUGAGAAGAUGAAGGUCAUUUUCUUAAAGAAUUUGUAUACCAGUUCAUUUUAACAUAAGGGGAAGAUGCUCAUUUUAAAAAAUAUAUCUCUGUAUUUAAUGUAAAUAUUCCUGGAAGCAUAGUUUCACCUACUUACCUUACAGAACUGGGAUUAGAGACUAGGCCUCCUUCCAUGACACACCAGAUUCAUUUUCGGUUAUAACUUACAUGUCACUUGCAUGUCAAAUCAUAAUUAUUCAAUACUUCAGCAGUGUAUCACACUGUAAAAGUAGUGUUUCUUAGCCUUGGCGCUAUCGCUAUUUUGGGUUGGGUCAUUCUGGUUGGGGAGACACCCUGUGGUGCACUGCAGAAUGUUCAGCAGCAUCCCUACCCUCUGCCCACAGAUACCAGUAGCCCCUUGCUCCUUAGUUGUGGCAAUCACAUCUCCAGACACUGCCUCGCCGCCCGUGGUAGGUGAGACCGCCCCUGGCUGAGGACUGAUGGAAUAAAGGAAUCUGAGUGGCAAAUAA